AUGGAUGCCCAAGACGAAAGAAGUAUUCUGAAUGCGCCUGAAUACCAGGAAAGUGACGCCCCGCCCGACUAUGAUGAGGCAUUGCUGAGCUGCCCCACAUCACCAUCUCGCUAUGGUUCACUUCCGUCCACCAUGAGCGUACAUGGCCAGUGGACAAAAUGGAAAUCAAUGAAUCUCUGUGGAGGUGAAGAUGCCAAGAACCGUCUGUGUUUGAUUGAGAUGCAAACUGGCUAUAGCGGCAAAGCUCCGCUGGGGAUGAGAACAGGAUUCCUCCUGCGUAAUGGGAUGAGCAGCAAGGAUUCACUUCUUGCUGCCGCUGGCGAUGAGUCGCGCGGCCUCCAUGCAUUCAAUCCCGACGGCAUCGUCUUCUUGCCGCCACUUGAUCCGGACCCGAAGUGCGACCGCAUGGAUACAGAACUCCUGCGCGCCGAACCUGGUCCAAAUAACGAUAUCGCCUUCCACUUUUCCAUCGAGAUAGGCGAGAAGGAGCGGCGGCACGAGUUUGCAUGGAGGAAAGUCAAGAAGGGUGAAGACCAAGCCAGGAGCAAUGGGUUCAAGUUGGUUCGGCUCGCGUCUACUAAGCAGGCAUCCGAACUGAGCGGCAGCAGCAGCGCCCAACAAUCGUCUUCGUCCUCGCCUCCAUUAGCAGGCGAAGAUGGUGAGGCUGUCGCCUUUGUUAUGUGGGUUAUGGCCUGGCCCAGUCUAACACAUGCGUUCACGCUUGAGGUGGUGGACGGCCAGUCGAACGCGUUGGGAGCGCGCUGGACUCUUAUGGUCAUUGUUACUGCAAUCAGACUCUACACACUGCAUGUAAAGGGGAAAACGAGCAAGUUCGUUGUUGAUAUGGGAAAGAAGACUUCGGGAAAAUAA